GGGACUAGGAGAGAAGGGGACGGAGCUUGGGGAAAGCGUCCUGAGUUGCCAUGGAAACGAAGCCCAGAGGAAGUCCAAGCAGCCCAAAGGAGCCCCAGGAAAUCUGCCCCCCUGGAUUACUGGUAUUUGCCGGCUGCUCUGAGCAGGAUGUCAGCUUAGCUAAGCAGUUCUGGCUUGGGGCUUCCAUGUACCCCCCCACCGAGUCUCAGCUAGUGCUGAGCAGAGGCAGCAGCCAGCGGCUGGCAGUGGCCGGGACCUCUAAGGCCACGCUGUCUGGUGAGUACCCCCAAACUUACUCCUAUUUGGUCUUUCCCAAUGAUUUCCUUACUUCCCAUUUGUAUUUUUUAGAGAGAAAUCCUGACCGGUCUGUUCUCCUUGAGAAUAUGAAAAAUGAAGAUAUCCUUGCUAAAGCCCAAAAACAGCAGGAAUAUGAGGAAAAAGAAAAGUAUCUCAAAAUGUCUCUUCUAAAGCCUAAGGAUGCAUAUGAAAAGCAGAAUCAGAGAAAUAGAGAAAAAUAG